GGGGGUGGCAACAACAACAAGACGAACAAAACUCCAACCGGUCCUCGACCAGGCCUGACCUUCUCCAAAGGCGGCGUAGCCAUCACAGGCUCAGGACGCAAGAAGCGCAAGAACUACCCCGUGUCCUGGGGGUGCCCAACCGACAAGAUGAAGAUGAAGAAGCGUGUGUUGUGCGUGUACGACGGGAGCCGACGCCUCUGGAAGGACGACAUGAUGCUCGACCAGGACUUUGAAGUCCGGAUGAAGCUGCCGGACGGCAAGAGCUACGUCACGGACCUGGAUGUGCAGACACUCAACCGUGCCGAUGCGCUGCAUGGUGCGACGAUCGAGGAGAAGGGGCCGUGGGUGCCGGACAAUAUCAUGGCUGCUGAGCGGUUCUCGUUUUGA